CGCACGACCAAAAGGACAUGCGAAACGGAAAUCACGACACUUUGUGUGACAGUUAAACAGUACGAACGCGCGCGCGGAACACAAAGCAAAGUACAAUAAAAAUACUUAAAAAAAAAUAAAUAAAUAAACUAAAAAAAAUCAACCUUUAAUAUUUUUUUUGUUUUAUAGUGUGUUUUUUCCUGAUUUCGCGCGUCCACCAUCAUUAACCACAACUUUGCGCACAGCCAGCAGCACAAUUUACUGUUGGUCGCAAGUGCGGUUGCACGAAGCCGUUGCAGCUGCACAGCUGCCACACCGGCUACAAAGCAAAUUCGCAGCAGCCGGCAAACACCAGCUACAACAACAAGCGCUGUGAAAUUACAACACUACACAUUUACGGCUCAAAGCAGGGAAGCCACUAAAAAUAGUCGAGAAAAGUUUAAAUAGUGCGCUCUUAAAGAAAAAAAGACGCCACCAGAAGACUUCACAAAAAGCAGUGCAAUCAAACGUGUGCAAAUAAGUGGCGCGUACAGAACGCAUACAAAGGAAAUAGCGGAAAUAAGAAAGAAAAAAAAGCAAGGGUCUGUUCUAUCCAAAACGUGCCACAGCUGCACAGCAAUACAAGAGAACACUAAAAGUGAAGUGAAAGAAAAAAAGAAUGUGAAAUUAUUGACGGAAAUGAAGCAUGCAACUUGUGUCCAUAGCUGGCGUUGCCUGAUAGAAACAGUCAUACAACAGUCGUCAAUAGCCGACAGGCAACAGCCAACAGCGAUCACAGCGACAUUAAAGAGACUAUCAGUAGCAACAGCUGCUGAAGCAACGACAGCUUAGCUCAUCCGCGUCCUACAACGCCAACACUGGCUGCGCACACAGCCACACAUAUAGUACAUAGUUGAAGCCAGAGACACUUCCUUGCCACAGCGCUACAGUGCAACGGCCAACAGUCAGCAGCCAGCAGCGCGCCACAUCAAAGUGUCGAGGAAGCAAGUAGAGGAAAUUAAAAUUUGCAUGUGAAAGGAGUCGACUGCCUGACACACUCGCUUUCAGCUUUCGGCGCUCGGCGUUUAAAAAUGUGUGGAUCUGCUGUGUGAUUGUCGAGGCAAAAAAAUAAAAAUAAAGGCGAGCAUUUCACACUUGCAGUGCAGGAGGCUGACCGGCUUUUUAGUGCGUUUUUUAUGUGAGGGGCGCCACAGCAAGAGGCAAAGUUGGAAAAAAAUUUUGUAAACACCAACAACAAAAACAAAUGUAACGGCAAAACACUUGGCGCAAAUCAACACCAUUGCCAGCAGCAAUUUCAAUUUCUGUGCGGCGCCACCUAGCAAACGCAGGCAAUCUUGUUUGCCCUGCAGCCAACGGAGGCGCAGAAAGUGUUAAGUGAAAAGAGUGAAAAGUGAAGAGUGCCGAGUGUUGAGUUGAGUGAUAAGUGAAUUGUGCUUUUCUAUUACUACACUCGCGAGCGAAAAAAAGGAAAAUUAAAAAGUAUAUGCAGUUAACGGUAAAUACACUGCACGUGCGCGCGUAGACCGCAAUUGUAACGGCACACGGUUUGUGGCAUUAAUUACGCAGAUACACACGCCAGCCAGCAAAUGUGACAGACGUGUGGCUUGUAAAAUCACGUGAGUAAGCUUGCCACACGCCAUCUUGCAAGCGGCAAGUGAAUGUCACUACGCGCCGCGGUUGUUGAGUGUCACUGUCACUGUCACUGCCACUACAGAGAUAACAGAACUAACAAACAAGCGAAAACACAAAAAAAGAAACGAAGCGCCACGAAGUGAUAGAGCGUUGCAUGCCACAUGCCACAUGAACGCAUGUAAGCGCUUAUCCACACCAACUACAGCUUAGACAUUUUUUGCAUAACAACCAACCAACGAAGCGAGCGGAGCGAGCAAUCGAACAAACUAGCGCCUUGCCACAUGCGGCAUGCAGCUGCCACUGCUGAAGCAGCAACUAUUACUCAACACUAAUACCAAGUGCUACUUGUAGUGGCAUCAAUAUAGAGCCGUAGCCAUCGUUAUUGCCACAACCCACCUCAACGCCAGCAGACUGCGGCACAAGCAACAGCAAAAGCAUGCCGUCAACGUUGGCCGCCGCGGCGCCUUCAUGCGCCUCCGGAUUUAUCGCUUAUUCAGCAAUCGUUUUGCUUUGCACUUCCGGAAUCAAAGCCAGUUGGGAAGAAUGGUGGACAUAUGAUGGCAUAUCCGGACCAAGUUUUUGGGGCCUUAUCAAUCCACAAUGGAAUAUGUGCAACAAAGGGCGGCGUCAGUCCCCAAUAGACAUAGUGCCCGACAAAUUACUCUUCGAUCCAUAUUUGCGGCCAUUACACAUCGAUAAGCACAAGGUUUCCGGUACACUACACAACACAGGUCAAUCGCUCGUCUUCCGCGUGGACAAGGACACAAAGCAGCCGGUGAACAUCACCGGAGGCCCACUCGCCUAUCGCUAUCAAUUCGAGGAGAUUUACAUACACUACGGCACCGAGAACAGUCGGGGGUCAGAGCACUACAUACAGGGUUACAGUUUCCCCGGCGAGAUACAAAUCUACGGCUUCAACAAGGAACUCUAUCACAAUAUGUCCGAGGCGCAGCACAAGUCGCAGGGCAUUGUGGCGCUCUCGCUCAUGGUGCAAAUUGGUGAUACGCCAAACCCCGAACUACGAAUUAUUACCACCACCUUCAACAAGGUUUUGUACCGAGGGUUCUCCACACCCAUCCGGCACAUAUCCGUGCGAUCACUGUUGCCAAAUACGGAUCACUACAUCACCUACGAGGGGUCCACAACGCAUCCCGGCUGCUGGGAGAGCACCGUAUGGAUAAUUGUAAACAAACCUAUUUAUAUUACAAAGCAAGAGUUAUACCAACUCCGACGACUGAUGCAAGGCUCCGAGAGUACACCGAAAGCGCCACUAGGUAAUAAUGCGCGGCCCGUGCAAGGACUACACCAUAGAACAGUAAGGACAAAUAUAGACUUUAAGCGUAAUAAGAAUCAAAAUUCAUGUCCGACCAUGUACAAGGAUAUGUAUUACCGCGCGAAUCGCUGGUCACCGGACACUGGCUUAUUGAUUCGUUGACCCAAUACAGGGCACAUGCAAAUAAAUUACAAUAAUAUUAAUAAUAAUAAUGG